AUGAGUUUCAUGCUGUCCCUGAGAGGGUGUUCAAUUUAUUUAAACAUUUUGAAACAUUUGUUAAAGUUAUUGACAGCAUGGUUAUCUGAUUGGGCUGGUUGUAAUUUCUUUCUCUUUCUAAAGGUAUGGGUUGUGCCUGUUCAUUGCCUAAGAUGCCAUAAAGAUGACUGGUUUUGGAUCUGUGAUUGUUAUUCUGCCACAAGCGUUUUCAUCAAGAAAGCCUGGCGUAAGAUAUGGCCUCCAGAUGCAUGUAAUUGGCUAAGGAAACCGGCCAGAAGGCAGCUGAUAAAGGACAUGAAAGGAAAGAAUCAGCAAAAGAUGAAGCCUUCAGAGGAAUUGAGUCAGAAUGCUAAGGAAACCGGCCAGAAUGCUAGUGCAAAAAGACAAGAGCCGCAAGAGUCAGCUAAGGACACAACACAGCAAGGAAAGGAGUUAAUACAGGAGACAGGAUCAAAGGUAGCAGAAAAAGGAUGAGGUGAAAAUCCAGUUCAUCAAAGUUGCUAUGCAUUUUUUUCUGGUUAAAGUUAAUCAGAACUAAAUAAAGAAUUCCCAUGUGGUUGGUUUCUUCCACGUGCGGAAAAGACACAUACGAGUUGAACGGAACCAUAUGAAGAAUUCGGGCACGAGAAAUUCUUGCCUCAUCGGUCCCGUGCUACUCACCUGCCACCUAGUGCCAACCGAAGAGAACUUUCCCGGUCCUACGGCGGGACUGAUGCACGUUCCAUUCACGAUCCGUGAUUAACAAUAGACCAUACGAUUUUUCUAUUGUAGCGUUUUUCAUAUGUACAGUUAUAUUUUUAUUUUGUAUCAAACAAAGCUAAUGAAAGCGAUUUGUUUCCCUACAACAUUGUAAUUGCUGAACGCAUUUAUACACUAGAACAUUAGUGAGAUUUA